UGGUGGGAUUUACGCAUGCGCCAGGCGUUCAUGGCCGAUGGAGAGAAAGAUGCUCAGUGCCAUCAUCCCCGUGUAGCGCAGGAGAGCUCCAGCCUGGUCCUGUUUGCCGCAGAAACCACCGUCUGUCCGCACAGCUGCAUGUCGCAGUGUGACACAGGGAGCCCGAUGUCCGUGGCAAAUGCGAAACACACUGUCCUGAACCCGGUGAUCCCCUACACUGGGCCCAUACCUGGAGGCCUGCACCCUGGGGAGAUCAUAAUCAUCCAGGGCACCGUGCCCCCAGAUGCUGACAGGUUUCAGAUCGUCCUGUCGAGCGGCUGCAGCACCAAGCCGCGCUCUGACGUCGCCCUGCACUUCAGCCCUCGCUUCAAAGGCUCGCCCUGCGUGGUGUGUAACUCCCUGCUGCAGGAGAACUGGGGCAAAGAGGAGACGCUCCACCAGCUGCCCUACAAACGAGGAGCCCCCUUCGAGACCAUCAUCCUGGUGCACGAGGACGUCUUUAAGGUGGCAGUAAAUGGUACUCACCUGCUGCAAUACAAGCACAGAAUCCCCCUAAACAGGGUCAACACAUUUUCUGUUUCUGGGAAAGUCAAGGUGCAUGCUGUUGGCUACAUCCCCACCUCAGCAAUAUAUUCAGAAUCGGGUGACUUGAGCCUCCCUUACAAAGGCAGCAUACUCAAAGGACUGAACCCAGGACAGCACAUCACAAUAAAAGGGCAAGUCAGCAUGUAUCCUCACAGUUUCACAGUGAACCUUCGCAACAGCAGGACGGAGAACAUUGCUCUCCAUCUGAACCCCCGCAUGAAGUCCGGCGUGUUCAUCAGGAACUCGUACCUGAGUGAAUCGUGGGGUCAGGAGGAGCGGGAGCUGCCGUUCUUUCCCUUCUCAUCUGGGGAGUACUUUGAGAUCCUCCUCCUCUGUCAGCCUCAUCAGUUCAAGCUGGCGGUGAACGGCUCACACUUGUUUGAGUUCAGACAUCGGGUGCAGGACCUGAGCAGCAUCGACCAGCUGGAGAUCAUGGGCGACCUGGAGCUCACUGAUGUGAAACUGUGGUGACGCGGGACUCAACACGGAAACCAGCGUUACCCACACUAUUGUGUUGUGGUUAGCAGUGCUAAAUUAGCUUAGCCACAAUGACCCAGACGAUGGAAGGUGGCGAAACCUGUGCUGACUUCAGGUUUGGAUGUCAGGUCAGGUUAGUCUUGCAGCAACCACUGGUCAUUCAUUUUAAGCUACUCUAGCAUUUUCAUUGACCAAAGGCCAUGGACAGGUCCUACCGUGGAAUAAAUGCUGUAUCUUUUCAGCCCCGACUGGAGGACUGAUGCAUGAGAGAAAGCUGUGCUGGAGCAUCAGGCUGUGAGCCGCCAUGACUGUUUACAAGUUAGGUGUCCCUGGAUCAUUUCUUCUUCGUCUCUAGUGCAUCUCUGCUGUGAUUCAGCCUGUUUAGGACAAACAGGAAAUUUAUGUAAAUGUUAAUAGGCACUUCAGCACUGGCUUUGCUUAUAUAGAAAUUAUAAGACAGUCAGUAAAUUCAGACAAUGAAUGGAAUAGGAGGCUCCAUUCUUCUGGAGUAAAAACUAUUCACUGUAAAUUUAGUGUACAGCUUAUUUAAAAAAAAAAAAAAAAAAAGAUCCAAACAUUUCUUUUCACAACAUAAUUUGUUGUGGUUGUAUUUUUUUCGUUUGCAAUUUUUUACAUGCCCAGCGUUUCAUUUAUUAAUCCGUCUGCUGCCAAUUUCAGGAUUCUUCAACAUAUGACAGUGUCCCAUGCACUUGAUUUAAGAAUUUACCACGUAAUGCUGCAGCAGGACUAAAGCACAGCACACUACAGGGUCAAUAACAUUUCAAUAACCGAACAAAUGACGUUUUGCAUUCUGUAUUAAAUCUAUAGAAUAGAGUCCAGUCCUGCAUCUGUGACCUUCUCUUGUCUCACUGCUCUCCCACUCAGUGCUUCAAUGAUCAAUCCUGCUCCAAAAUGAAAAGAGUUAAGAAAUCUGUCAUUAUGGCAUUUUCAAUUAUAAUGUUUGCAAAAAAAUGUAUGGAAAGGAUUCCCUGUGUAUCAUACAUUAUUUAAUAAUAAAUAAAUGUGUUGCUAUUA